GGAUCUACUUCUCCUUCAGGCUUGUUGGAGUUGAUUUGCCAGGCAGUUGUAACAAGUGGUUUUAGUUAUCUUCUACAAGGAUGGCACGUUGUUUAAAACGUCAGACUUUCCGCUGAGACUUAAGGCAAUCCGGAUUGCUGCGUGUUAAAUCAUUUACUGCUGCGAAUCUUCUAUCCAGUGACGGGGAUCUAUUUUUUUUUUUUUUUUUUUGAUGGCGAUGGAGUCUUAUCGAGUCGGUGGCAUUUCUGGUGGCAGCUUACCUUCGGCAUACCUGGCCCACGAGUGCCCAAGCAGACCCGUGAGCAGUGGACCUGGCAGAUACGGCCUCAGCAUCCGCGUGCAGGGGAUCGGCGGACACCCGUACGUCGUGCUCAACAACCGGGAACGAGAGCCUUCACCCUGUGAGGAACUCGAGAGCAAUGGGCACAGCGCCGAUGGGGACACUGGCGCGCAGUACGGCCAGGACAGGUACACCCCUCCCUGGGAGCAGCACCCAGAUAACUCUCUUGUGGAGUACAGGUCGCACAAACAGAUGCUUUUUGCUGGAUCCCACAAUGGGGUUACUGAGUUCCGGGAGUCGCAGAAGAAGGCAUCCUCUCUGCUGAACUUCCAGAGACACCCAGAGCUGCUCCGCCCAUACGACCCUGAGAACAACCGGCUAAACCUGGAGGACCUUCCUGCUCUGACGCCCCGACCCGCUUCCUUAUCCGAAACUGGAAGUCUCCCUUGCUCACAAGUCACUCGCGGCAUGUCCCCCGGCUUGGAUAAGCCUGGUACCUCUGCCACACCGGCGUACGAGGAUCGGUUCCCACAGCAGUCGUCAGAGGUCCAGUCCCUCCCUCGGCGACACGUGCCGUCACCAGACAGGCCAGCAUUCCAGGUUCAGCCUGAGACCCAGGAGAUGCUCUUACCAGAUCUGAAGCCCCAGUUCCGACAGUUGGUCAGGCCCGAGACUCAGGAUCAGCAGAAGCCACAACCUGAGACACGGGUCCAGUCUCCCCCUCAUCAGCAGGCAAAGCCCCAGAAGCCAGUGCAGCCCACCUCUCAGGAUCAACAGAAGCCGCAAACUCAAGCUGCCGCCGUGGCCCCAUCUGCCCCUGAUGGGGGUCAGCAGGCCGGAGUGGCGCCGCCGGCCAGCACCAGUGCCAGCUCAAGCCUGGAGCGCAGUCGCCGGAAGCCGGACGUCCUGCUCCUUCGCCGGCACGACUCCAGCGGUCCAGUGCUGCAAUCCCAACAUUCCAGCCAGUCUUCCCCUUCUCCCUCAUCCACUUCUAGGCCUCUCCUUGGAGACCCACUGGAAUCCCUGGGCUUAGACCCCAUCAACCGUCACCAGAACCGACGGUACAUCCCAUUCCUGCCAGGCACGGGCCGUGACAUCGACACGGGCUCCAUCAAGGCGGUGGAGGAGCUAAUUGACAAGUUUGAUGGCAAGGAAGGUCACCAACGCAGGGGUCGGGCUGGGCGACGAAAUCGCAUUAACCCAGAGGAGCGCAAGCGCUCCCGCAGCGUGGACAGCGCCUUUCCCUUCGGCGUCAGAGGGGACACCGAUUACCUGGAGGAGUUCAGCAGGAACCAGGGCCGGUCCACCGAGCAUGUGCUCCGGCCCUCACAGCUGCGGCAGCUGAAGGGGGCUCUGGCCCAGGACCCCCCUGGCCCCACCUCGCCCCCUAGGGGCAAGGCGGGCACAAGUGCUGCGGCUCGUUGCGGAAGUGCUCCAGGCUCCCCACAGGGCACUGCGCUCCAUGGUGCGAACUCCGCCCUGAGCUGCAGGACUGCAGUGAGCAGGUCUUCCACACUGCCGCUGGAGUCAAAGGGAGGAGACGAGCCGAAAUCCAUGCGGUCUUUCAAAGUCUUGACGGGCGUGGCGGCGGCCUCUCCAGCCGUGUCCGUGAGUAGUGCCCCCAAGAAGAAGGACACAGACAAUCUGGUGACUCCCGACCUGCUGAAGGAUCAGCAGACGCUUUCGCAGCAAACCAACGAAGAGACGGCUAAACAGAUAUUAUUCAAUUACCUGAAGGACGGGAGCCCUGAUAAUGACGACACAAAGAGGAAGGUCAACGUGGUCUUUGAAAAAAUCCAGACAUUGAAGUCGAGGGCUGCAGGGAACGUGCAGGGGGACAACAAACCUCCUGAAGCAGCCAGUGAGGUGAAAGCUCUGCAGGACCAGAAGAGUCAACUGGAAAAAGAGGUGACAGUGCUUAAGAAACGGCUGGAGGAGGAAACCAAGAAGACAGCUGGUCCGGCGGAGGCCCAGGAGAACAUUGGGAUGAGGGAUCUGCAGAGGAGUAAGGAGGAGUGUGCCCACCUGCAGGAGCUGCUUUCCAAAGCAGAGGAGGAGCUGCGCACCACUAUGGAGGAGCUCUUCCAGGUGAAGAUGGAGAAAGAAAAACACCAGACGGAGAUCAGGGAUCUUCAGGAUCAGCUGUCGGAGAUGCAUGAUGAGUUGGAUGGUGCCAAGAGGGGCGAGAGUGAAGGCAGGGAACAGGAGGCCGUUUUGGAUGAGAUGAUGCAGCUGAAGCUGGACUUCCAGGAGCUGCUGCAGGUGAAGGAGGAACAGGAGGAGCUGAUUCGGCGCCGGGAGCGCGAGCUGACCGCCUUGAAGGGGGCCUUAAAGGAGGAGGUGGCCACGCAUGACAAGGAAGUGGACACACUGAGGGAGCAGUACGAAGAGGAAAUCCGCAAGCUGCUGUCAUGCGUGGAGGACGCCAAGCUGAACAAUGUCUCGGCGUGUCGGGAGAAGCAGGAGGUGGAGGCAGCGAAGGGGGUGGCGGAGAGCCGUGCGGAGAGGCUCAGCCUGGAGACUGAGAGGCUUCGCCGGAGGGUCCAGGAGCUGGAGAAUGAGGUGGCCAAGCUGAACCGCAUCAUCGACGAGUCCAAGCUGCAGGAAGGCAGGCUUACUGAUCACAUGCGCCACCUAGAGAAAGAGAACAGUCUCCUGGGAGAUUCCCUGGCUGAGGUGCGGGAACAAGAGGAGGCGAUGUCGCGAGCAAACAGAGCCCUGACCACCCGCCUGGAGGACGUGCAGAGAAACCUGACCAAACUGAACCAAGAGCACAAAGACCUGAAUGAGAAGCUGAAGGAAGAAAGGAUUCAGAAGGAACAGUUCAAGAGGACCAAGGAUGAGAUAGAGGACGAAAGGAGGCUGCUGGACAGGACUGUGGAGAAGCUGCAGAAGCAGAUGUGCGACAUGGUGGAGGCCUCGCAGAUCUCUACCCAAGACCUUCAGGUACAGAUCGACGAGUACAAAGAGAAGAAUCGCAGAGAACUCGCGGAACUGCAAAGGCAGCUGCAGGAGAGGGGUGUGGAGCUGGAGAAUUCCCGGACGGCGACGCGGAAGCUGCAGGAAGAGGUGUCUCACCUUGAGGAGGACCUGAAACAAUGCAAGAAGGAGCGAGAUGAGGCAGUUCUGAGGGAGAAGAAGCUGGAACUCAAGGUCUUUGACCUGGAGGUGGAGCUGGAGAACGUGUCGCACUCCAAACAAGAUCGGCCCCGCUACAGCAAAAUAACGGAGGACAGGAUCACCCAGCUGGAAAUGGACUUGGAGGAGGAACGUAACAACGGGGACCUGUUGAUGGACCGGAUAGAGCAGGGGCGAAAGCAGGUGGAGGAGAUGAGGAAUGAGCUUCUACAGGAAAGAGGCAUGAGGCAGGACCUGGAGUGCGAUAAGGUCGCUCUGGAGAGACAGAAUAAGGAUCUGAAGAGCAGAGUGACUCAUCUGGAAGGUUCCCAGAAAUCCAAUAAGGAGAGUCUGGUCUCCCAACUAGAGGCCCGGAUCCAGGAGCUGGAGGGGAGACUGGAAGGAGAAGAACGGGAUUGUGCCAACCUGCAAUUGGUGAACCGCAAGCUGGAGAGAAAGGUGAAGGAGUUAAUGAUACAGGUGGAUGAUGAACAUACUGCUCUGCAGGAUCAGAAGGACCAGCUCAACCUCCGUCUGAAAGCUUUGAAAAGGCAGAUGCACGAGGCUGAGGAGGAGAUUGAACGUCAGGAGCACGGCAAGAAGAAACUCCAGCGGGAGCUGGAGGAACAGCUAGAAGCCAACGAGCAGCUCCAAGGCCAGAUUUUGGCCCUGCGCAAUGACAUGAGGCGAAAGAACACAACGGCUCCGUCGCUGAAGGACCUCGACGACAACGAUGAUGAUAUGAGCACCGACGGGGAGAUCUACUAUAGAUCAGCAUCAGGGUACAAGCGGUCAAAUCACGAUUCCAUCUCAUAGCGCCCCCUGUCAGAAGGAGGUCCUAAGAGCGAGGCUGCUGGGGACGCAACCGAUUCAGAGCUGAGAAGUCGAGCCAAAGCACCGCCUUCCUGUUCAGCCCCCAGACUGAGCUAUCGAGGAUGAAGCCCUUGUGUAACGCCUUGCUUUCCUCUCAACCUGGUUGCAUUCUGCUCAAGCAUCUUUGCCAUUUCAGUGUCAGUGAUGUGAAUGGUCACACAGAGACCCACAUUACUGUGGUGUCCUGGAGCAACUGGGAAUCACAGUGCAGCUGAAAUGGGCACAUGUUAAGUUUAUUUUAUUUUUUUUCUUUAAUUUUUUUUAUGUUAUGAAGGAUAUGCAAAAUGAAGGUUUAUGUUGGAAGGGAAGUGUGUGUGUGUGUGUUAGGGAGUUUAUAUAUUGCCAUAUAUAGUUUACAUAUUCUGUAUAUUUUUAAAAGACAGAGUGGUCUUAGUAUGCAACAAAGUCAUCUAUAUAAGACUUUUAAAAUAUUUUAUAUAACACCGGUAUAUAAAUGUCUAAUAAAAAUAGGCAUUGCUUUGUUAAAUGUUGGAUUUACGUCAUGCCACUCAAAUUGAGUAUUUACAUUUAUUUUUAAUGUUUUUAAUUUUUCUACAACUUAAUUUUAGUAGGCAAAAUGCUUAACUCAGCUCACUAUACGUUCCAAGAUUUAAGUGUGUUAACUUUUAAUAAAUGUGGCUUUACAAAAUCUCUUUUGUUGUUUGCCGCCAAAGGGAAGGUUUAACAGAAGACAGUGUUAUUUCAGUGCUCUUAACAUCUUAAUCUGCUUUUUUUAAUGACUUGGGCUGUUAGCAGUGAACAUGCGUGACUGCGGAGUGGGGCGGGGCGUGGGCCGGCUCUUCACACGACAUGUCGGGAGUCGCAAACUCUGAGGCUUCAGAGUGACUUGGUGCUUCAUGAGUUGCACUGCAUGAUAAACGCCUGAACUGCCAACGAUGCCGAUUUUUAGAAGUAAAUCCAAUAGGCUGUUGGUGACACCAGUGACACCGGUGCAUUGUGGGAAGGGCUCUAUCUCACCACUACCUCUCCAUGUACGUAGCUGUUCUGCUAAGACUUAAAAACAACCUUGUUCUGUUGCAAUAAAGUUACUGUUGGCUAAAA